AAAUAUUGACGUUUCAGUCAGUUUUUGUUUUGAAAAUCUAAAAAAAAAUACAAAAAUUAUAAGUGGACUUUUUAAAAGCAUAUAAUGGAGGCUAAAGGCAACACAGUGGAGAGGAGUGUCCUGUCGCGCAUUAACAUGUUUAACCAGCAUGUGGAGGAGCACAAAAACUGGCAGCGCAUCAAUCCCUUCUCCCACUACAAUGUGCGAGAUGUACCCAAGCGCAGCAUUCAAAAGGACCUGUACGGCACCCCACCCGCCGGCAGCCUCUCUGAGCGGCGGGCAGUGCAGGCGCAGAUCCUAUCCCUACAAGAGAUCCUCCAGCUAUGCGAGCUGAUCAACGAAAAUGGCGAGCGACAGUCGGCGGAUGAUGCCGCAGAAGUUAGCCUCAUGUUCGGCGUGCUCUUUGAGAUGUACAACCACAUCUCUGACAAACUACUUGGCACGCUGCUCUGCGCCCGCAAGCACAAAUACAUUGACUUCGAGGGCGAGACACUAUUUCAGGGUCGCGACGAUAAGAAAGGCGUGCGUCUUUUGCGGCCUUUUGAGGAGCUAAGGGAUGGCAUUUUGAAUAAAAUCGAGAGCCUACGUUGCAUUCUAGCUGAGCAGCCCGUGGAGCCUGUGGAGCCUGUGGAGCCUGUUGAGCCUGUAGAGCCUGUAGAGCCUACGGAGCCUGUUGAGGCUGUGGAGGAACCGUAGCUAUGUAACAGGAUGCCUUAUUCUUGUAGGUGGCACGUGGCACGUGGCACGUGGCACGUGGCACGAGGCACUUGCCUGUCAUACAAUCGCUGACCCGUGUCAUUGGUGGCACACACCGCACACCUUACUCCAGACACCACACUCCUCGGGGCACGUGCGCCACUCUCCAAGCCUUUAAAAGUUAAUUAAAUUAACAUUUCGGCUGCCUGAAGACCACUCAGUCCCAGGCAUCCCAAGGCGAUACCCGACCUGAC